AGGUACACCUUUCCUUAUAAAGAGGCCCCGAUACGGCAUCAGGGUUUUAUUGUAAAUCACCCGAAGCUUUUUGUCUCCAAUCUAUUAAUUUUCUCUCUUUAGUUUUCGCCGCUUCUUUGUCUCUCUCGAAAUCAACAUGCCUCGCAGAAGCUCCGGUGGAAGGUCAGCUCGUGCACCUGCUCGUGCUCCACCACCAGCACCAGUUAACCGAUCACCCCCUCCUGCCCCUGUUCAGUCUAGCGGUGGUGGAUCGAUGCUUGGAGGCAUUGGUUCAACCAUAGCUCAAGGCUUGGCUUUUGGUACUGGAAGUGCUGUUGCUCACAGAGCUGUGGAUUCUAUCAUGGGUCCUCGCACAAUUCAACAUGAGACUGUUGGUGCUGCUGUUCCAGAUGCCUCUGCUACAAACACCUCUGUCUCUGAUGCUUGUGGAAUGCACUCCAAGGCAUUCACAGAUUGCAUUAACAGCUCUGGUAGUGACAUCAGCAAGUGCCAGUUUUACAUGGAUAUGCUGGCGGAGUGCAGGAGGAGCUCAGGUCUUACAGCUUAAGUAGUAAGCUGUCUGUCUUGAUUGAAUUUGAUCUGGUCAUUUGGUGGCUAUGGUUUUAAUUUGAUUGUUUGCUGGUUUUAUGAGAAAUAUGAACUAAAGAACUCUUUGCUGGCCAAUAAAUGAUGUGGAUGUCUGGUGAUAUGAUCAUCAUGUUUUUUGGAUGUCUUUUUUCUAUAAAACAAAACAUAUUAAUUUAUUUCAUUUCAUUGAUA